AUGGUCCCUCUAGAAUUUUUAAAAGAACUGCCAAAGUGUGAACACCAUCUACAUAUCGAAGGUACUUUGGAACCUGAAUUGCUGUUCAAGUUCGCAAACAGAAAUAAAAUCACCCUACCAAAUGACUUCCCAACUACCGUCAAGGACUUGAAAGAUAAGUACAACUUCAACAACUUACAAGAGUUCUUGGACUUGUACUACGUGGGUGCUAACGUAUUGAUCACAGAACAGGAUUUCUACGAACUAACAAUGGCUUACUUUAAAAGAGUCUCAAAACAAGGUCUAGUCCACGCUGAAAUCUUCUACGACCCACAAACUCAUACUUCAAGAGAUAUCUCCUUGGAUAUCGUCACUCGUGGUAUCGAAAGAGCUUGUAAAGAUGCUCAAAAGCAAUUCGGCGUCACCUACAAAAUUAUCAUGUGUCUAUUAAGACACACCGACCCAAAGGAUUGCUCCUCUUUAAUCGACGAUGCUGCCAAGUACAUCAAAGAUGGUACUAUCUCAGGUAUUGGUUUGGAUUCUUCUGAGAAAAACUUCCCUCCUGCUUUGUUUGUUGAAUGUUAUGAAAAGGCAAUUAAACUAAACCCUGACAUCAAACUAACUGCCCAUGCUGGUGAAGAAGGCCCUGCCUCUUACGUCUCAGACGCCUUGGAUCUAUUGAAGGUUCAUAGAAUCGAUCAUGGUGUCAGAAGUGCUGAUGACGACGCUUUGUUGGAAAGAUUAGCUGAAGAAAAAAUUAUGUUGUCUAUUUGUCCUUUAUCAAAUGUUAAAUUACAAGUCGUAGAAAAAGUCUCCCAAUUGCCAUUACAAAAAUUCUUAGACUAUGGUGUCCCUUUCUCUAUCAAUUCUGAUGACCCUGCUUACUUUGGUGGUUACCUUUUAGAUAAUUACAUUCAAUUGUCAAAGGAAUACCCACAAUGGGGGUUCUUCACUUGGGGCCAAAUCGUUAAGAAUGGUAUCACCCACUCUUGGAUAGAUGAAAAGAGAAAAGAAGAAUUGAUUAAUGAAGUCGAUGGUAUCAUUACAAAAUAUGUCAACAGAUCCGGAUGA